AUGGAUGAAUACACAGACAUAUCCUAUAUCCCCUCUGAACCACAUGACAUCUUCCAGAACUUCAACAUCUACAUCCCGAAACUACGGAAUACUUCGGAUGGGCGACCCCCUCUGGUUUGUUUCAUACAUGGAGGUGCAUGGAGAAGCGAAGAUAAGCUCGAUCAUGUCGGGUUGGCUCAUAAACUCGCGAGUUUCACUGGAUACGCAGUGGCAAUCCCCAAUUACCGCCUGUCCCCUCGUGAAACGACGGAGGACAAUGCAAUCCAUCAUCCCAAUCACGCAAAAGAUGUUCUACGCUUUCUUGAAUUUGUUACCACCUGGGGAGGCCCGCAUGGUACUAGUGUCUAUGACUCAAACAGAUUGUGUUUGAUGGGACAUAGCUGUGGUGCUCAUAUACUGUCAUCGAUCUUCCUCGAGGCUACCCAAGGCGAGGACCCUUUGCGUCCCUCAGUCGAGCUUCUCGAGAGCACAAAAGCCAUAAUCAUGUCAGAGGGAAUAUAUGACAUCGAUCUCCUUCUCUCGAGUUUCCCCACUUAUAGGACUUGGUUCAUUGAGCCUGCAUUUGGUCGGCGGAGUACUUACGGGGAAGUUUCAGUCACAAAGAUGAAUCCGAGGGUGGACCACCCUCACUUGCACUGGUUAAUCGUGCAUUCCAAAGGGGAUACUUUAGUCGAUGAAGCUCAGAGCGAAGCAAUGUAUCAGCAUUUACUUCCCAGUGUCCCCCAUAUCGCGAGGAACUUUGGAGAUCUCAUAGAAGAGCAUAACGACAUACUAAAAGCGUCGAAUUUGUUAAACUUGUUGGACAAUACAUUUUAG